AUGUCGUUGCUUGAAUAUACCCAAACAGCCCUCAGUGUUCUGCCAGAGCCGGCGCAAGCUCUCCUGCGCAACCCCACGGCGCAAAAGACCAUCGCCGGAGUAGGCGCAUUCAUCCUGGCCCGCGCAGCAAACCAGUUCCUGUCACGAUGCGCCCACCAGAAUUGGACAAUCAAUGGGGCCUGGAAUCCGCAGGCAGAGCUCAUUCUAUUGACGGGCGGAACGUCAGGAAUCGGCAAGCAGGUCAUGGAGGAUUUAUCCAAGACGGGGGUUCGCGUUGUCAUCCUUGAUAUUAAUGAGCCGAACUUCACACUGCCUUCAAAUGUGUCCUUCUAUAAGGCCAAUAUCACCAACUCAGAAGACAUCGCGGCUGUGGCGAAGACAAUUCGUGAAAACCAUGGUGAUCCCACCGUUCUGGUCAACAAUGCCGGUGUUGGUCACGAUGGCAGCAUUCUCGAGGAACCCGAAUCCAAGAUCCGUCAAACCUUCGAAGUCAAUACCAUCUCCCACUUCUUAAUGGUCAAGGAAUUCCUGCCUGCCAUGGUCAAGGCCAACCACGGCCAUGUCAUCACUGUCGCCAGUAUGGCCAGUUUCGUCGCGCUGGGCGAGAUGGUCGAUUAUUGUUGCUCCAAGGUAUCAGCCCUGGCCUUCCACGAGGGACUGCGACAGGAGUUGAAGCACUGGUAUAACGCGCCGAAUGUGCGCACCAGGUAUGUACCCCAGACAAUCGCUCACAAGGGCCCCACUAACGGAUAUAGUGUUGUUCAUCCCCUGUGGGUUCGGACGCCCAUGAUCACAAUGUUGACAGACCAAGGCUCCUUCAAGCAACCUGUCAUGACACCCCAGGUUGUCGCGGACGCCAUCUGCAAGCAGAUUCUCACUCAGAGCAGUGGUCAGAUCCUCCUGCCGAAGAGUCAGUCUAUUGCGAGCGUGGUGCGCGCCAUGCCUUUCUGGCUGCAAGAGGCUGUGCGGACGCAUGCUUCGGGGGAUUUGAGGAAGAUGCGUGUUGCGCAGAGCGCGGCGGAGGCUGCCAUUAAGAAAUGA